CUUGACGGCAGUCAUACUCGGGGAAUGCACCUUAGCGUCCUGCCAAGUUUUCUGCUUCACAUUUUCGACUGCUAGGACAUUGAGACACCAGCAUACACCUCUGUGGCGAAGUUAAAGGGAUACGAGGGAAAUAAAAAGGCUUUUGCCCUACAUCAGAAAAUCUGCAUCUCAACCUCAACAGAACCACUGUGAUUUAAACGAACAACCAUAUCGCCAACCUGCUGACCUCCUGUACCAGUUUCCUGCCACCAUGUCCUAGCUGACAGUCGUCUUACUCCCUUCCUUGACCAUCUUCUCCCUUAAACCCUACUCCUUCUUUCCACCUUCCUUUCCCCUUGCCAUCCCUUUCUCCUCUCCUGAUGUUGUGAAUUCUGGUUGGAACACCAGUGGCGCCCCUUCUGGCGUGAUGAGCAGCCUGCACCAGCAGCAUCAUGGCAGCACAGGCUCAGAGCGAGACCUUCAGUCCGCUGCCUCCUCUGUUAGCCUCCCUUCAGUCAGAAAGACCCCUAAGAAACGCCGCCUGUCGCUCCACUCGCUUUUCGGACGACGACGGCGACCCGACCGCGACCCCAAACGCAAGUCGAGGCCUCUGCAGGCUGGAGCUGGAGUAGACGGCAUUGUCAGCGUGGAAAGCGUGCAGUCAGAGACUUUACAAGACAAAACUUCAACCAACCCUCCUUCAGAUGUAGCGUCGACUUCAUCAGUGUCGGGGUCUUCAUCGGAGCUGCUGGAGUGCCCUCUGUGCCUACUGCGUCAUGCACGGGAGCGCUUCCCCGACAUCAUGACCUGCCACCACCGCUCCUGCGCAGACUGCCUGCGACAGUACCUGCGCAUCGAGAUCUCAGAGUCCCGCGUCAACAUCAGCUGCCCUGAGUGCUCGGAGCGCUUCAACCCCCAUGACAUACAGAUGAUCCUGGGAGACCGGGUCCUCAUGGAGAAGUACGAGGAGUUCAUGCUGAGGAGGUGGCUGGUUGCUGAGCCCGACUGCCGCUGGUGCCCUGCCCCUGACUGCGGUUACGCCGUCAUUGCAUUUGGCUGUGCCAGCUGCCCAAAGAUCACCUGUGGGCGUGAGGGCUGCGGGACGGAGUUCUGCUAUCACUGCAAACAGCUGUGGCAUCCCAACCAGACAUGUGACACGGCACGGCAACAGCGGGCCCAAAACCUCCGACUGAGGAGCUUCAGGUCGUCCUCCCUCAGCUACAGUCAAGAGAGCGGAGCGCCAGGUGAUGACAUCAAACCGUGCCCUCGCUGUGCUGCCUACAUCAUCAAGAUGAAUGAUGGAAGCUGUAACCACAUGACCUGUGCUGUCUGCGGUUGUGAGUUCUGUUGGCUCUGCAUGAAGGAGAUCUCUGACCUGCACUACUUAAGUCCGUCUGGCUGCACCUUCUGGGGCAAGAAGCCCUGGAGCAGAAAGAAGAAGAUUCUGUGGCAGCUUGGCACGUUAGUGGGAGCGCCUGUGGGUAUCGCUCUCAUCGCUGGCAUCGCCAUCCCUGCUAUGAUCAUUGGCAUCCCAGUCUAUGUGGGCAGAAAGAUCCAUAAUCGCUACGAGGGCAAGGACAUCUCAAAGCACAAGAGAAACUUGGUGAUCGCUGGCGGUGUCACGCUGUCUGUGAUCGUGUCGCCCGUGGUUGCUGCAGUCACUGUCGGCAUUGGUGUUCCCAUCAUGCUUGCUUACGUCUACGGAGUCGUUCCAAUCUCCUUGUGCCGGAGUGGAGGCUGUGGGGUUUCUGCUGGAAACGGCAAAGGGGUGCGAAUCGAGUUUGAUGACGAAAAUGACAACAUCGGCAGCGGGGCAGCGGCCACAGACACAACCUCUGUAGCAGAGACACGACUCAACAAUCCCAGUCUUGGAGAUGGAGCGAGUGUUGGUGGUCUGACCGGUCUGAGCCUCAGCGUCAGCGGGAGCCACAUGGAGCGCUGUGGCGUUAGCUCGGCUCAGCGGGACAACAUGAGCGACAACGCCAGCACCACGGCCCUCGCUGGAACCAGCAUCACUGGCAGCCUGUCUGGCAGCUGCUACAACCGGAUGGAAGUGCAAGCUGACGUCCAGAAGGAACGAUGCAGUCUGAGCGGAGAGUCAGCCACCGUCAGUCUGGGUACAAUAAGUGAUAACGCGAGCACAAAGGCCAUGGCAGGGUCUAUCCUCAAUGCCUACAUGCCUCUGGAAAGAGACAACAGUCUGGAGGUGCAGGUAGAUGUGGAGUCCAAGCAGGAGAAGGUGAGGCACUGCAGCGCCAGCAGCAGCCUGGAUGAAGCCAGCUGUAGCAGCAGCACUGCUGGCCUCAAAGGAGCCAGCAGUGGCGCCUGCUCAUGUCCCUCCACCUGCUGCGCUGCUCACCACAGCAACCACUGCUGCCCCUCAUCACCUUGGUCAAAGGACCCAUCCACUUCAGGGAGCAAAAAAAGCAAAGGCAAGCUUUGGAAAAGAGCAAGCAGCAGCAGCAGCAGCAAGGCAGAAACGAAAAAUAAUGAACCACAAGGCGAUGUGGAUGCUCAGCUCCUGGAGCAGCGCAGCACUAACUCCUCAGAGUUUGAUUCUCCGUCCCUGAGCGGCAGCCUUCCCUCUGUGGCCGACUCCCACUGCAGCCACUUCUCCUCCGAGCUCAGCUGCUCAGACCCUGAAACCUCAAGACCGGCUCCAGCGGCCUGCUCUGCCCCAAUGGACCCAAACCCUCUUCAUACCAGCACCUUCAAUGAUGUCACCAUCGCACCCAUGCCUGAGGUGGAGAAUGACCGCCUGGAGCAUUUCGCCCCCCAGAGCACCCACGCAGGCUUCACCCACCGCCUGCUGUCUUCGUCCCCCCCUGCUUCACCAGAAGAGGGAAGUAGUGGGACGUUUCUAUACAUCAGCGAGGAGAGUGUGGGCGACGCUGCAGAAAGAGAACAGGAGAACGACGAGAGCAUUAAAGAGACCACCAACGACGCUGCUGCUGCACAGCCUGUCAGCCCAAAAAGGAGGCGCUGUAUACAGACAGACAUCUAAAGGAGCUCUUCAGUCCUUCUGCUGUGUUACCACUGCAAGCACAGUUAGCCUUACCAGCUAAUCUCAGUCGAGUGAAGCCCCAAGAAAGUGGGAGUCAGAGUCAAGGCUAUAAAUUUGAUUCAAAUUUUUGUCUGCUGCUAAUGCAGGAUUAAUAUGUGAAUGUCAGUGUUACAGAGAGGGUCAAGGUCUAUGUUGGAGAGAGAUUUCUGGAUAAAGUAAGGAGGAUCCCAGUUAAGUCAAAGACCGUUUGGAUCUGUGAUGGAUGAAGUUCCAGACAGUUGAAGCUAGAGCAGCAAGAUCUAUCGUAAGUGGAGGUGAAUGUACAUGGACGAGUGUCAAACAGGUUAUCAGUGUGGUUCAAUUCUGCAGAAGGCCUGUCCAGCUGUUAUGAAGAUCUGCAAAGUCUUGACAGUUUAUCUUUAGACUGAUUUUUCCAAAGUCCAGAUACUUACAAAGAGCAGGACUGAUGAAGCUGGAUAGGAGCGACUAUAAGGUGUGAUUCUUUUUAAUAGUAAAAUGAGCUGCUAUUAUGAAAAAAAAAGAUUCUCCUUCAUCACAUCUGCAAAAACCUGGUUGUCUUCUGGUUUUGCAUGAGUCGGAGGAACAUGUCAUCACUGUGGUCCACCGCUGUGCCACCAGCUCAUUCUGUGAUCUCUUAAAAUGGAGAAACACCACAGCUAAAGGAUUGUACAGACUAUAGAGGGACCAGUUAAUACAGUAGCACAGUUUAUUUUCCAUAAUCACAUAUAAGAAAAAUUAUUAUGGUUGCUUUUGUUUAAAACGUGACUCCUGUUUUUGUGCUAUGUGUUUGCUUAUUGUUAUUUUCCAUUUUGGGAAAGUUGGUGUUAAUGUUGAAGCCCUGUGUUGGGUCCAACCUGUUUAGUAGAACUGGAUGGGAGAAGAAUUGACAAAUGCUCAAAAAGUAGCCUUUCUUUCUAAAUAUUGUGGUUGCCAUCUUGUAGUAAUUAUUUCUUCACGACUUCCUGUCUGCACUGGUAGUUUAUUGUUUGUGGUUGCACCUGUGCAGAGGUGAGAGUUUCUAUGAUAUCGUGGAUUCAUGAGAGGUGUUUUCAAGAAAGGGAAUGUAAGUUAUUCCUUUAAAAAUGCAAAAAAAAAAAAAAAAAAAAAGCAAAGCCCAGUUUUUAAAUAUAAGCCUGUAGCAUUUCUUACUAAUUACUAAUACAGGGCUUGCUUUAGUAAUCAGCCGGUAAAGCUGGAAAGUCAACCAAACAAUGUAUUUGCAAUAAAUUAAACAAGCUUUCAAGUAGCUAUAUACAAUAAGAGCAAAUGUUUCCAGUCAGGAAACGCAUAAACUUUAUAUGAAAUGACAUGUUGUGCAAUGAGAAGCUCCUCUUGUGUAUCUGAGCACAUCUUAUUCAAUAUUCAGUAGUGAAUGUACAGUAAUAAUGUUCAGUUGUCGAUUCUCCCUCAGUCAUAUCCAAAUCAAAAUCUUAUUUUUUGAUUCAGAGCUUUGGGUGUAUUUUAACUACAAAAUGUUUCGAGGUCGUUUCUUAAAUCCUCACAGAUGAUUGAUGCAGAUAAUUUUGUAUUUGUGGAACCUACAGUGCCUUUAUGGGGAAAAUUCCUGUGUAUAAUUUUUUUUAUUUUAUUUUUAUUUCUUCCUUCUGUGUGUCUUCAAAUGAUAAACAUAAAAAUAAGAAUAGAAUUGAUCAUAUUUGCCUCACAAAAGGCUUCAAAUGCAGGAAAACCUGAUAAAUACUCGCCCUUUUCUAAAUGCUGUCACACUAGCUGGUUUAGCCUACCAAAGACUGCUCUCAGGCCACUGCGGUUGACACUUGACAGAACGGUUAUUAUAUGUGAUAGUAACUGAACAAGUUUCUUAUGGAAAUCUACUUAAACACAUGAGAAAGUUCAGUCCGCACAACGGCAUUUGGGGUAAUACGUCAAACCAAAAACAGUCGUCUUUAAGAAUUGUUCAAAUGUUCCCCUGAAGUAGCCAAAGUUUGUAGAGUUUAUGUGCUCUUGGAAGAAUAAUCAGCACAUGUUAGCAAUAAAACCCCCGUUUAUUCCAAGCACUCAUCAGUGACAGACUGCAUCUUGUCUUCAGCAGCUGGAGUACAUUUUCAGCAUGACCACAGAUCUUUUAGCUGUGACGUCAGCCGGCCAGCCUCACCAAAAGCUGGUCAUCAGAGUAACUGUGGUGUCAACUAAUAGACACUUUUGCUACACCUCAGAAGCCUCCAGCUGCAGGAUGUAGUCCCACCCUUCUUACGUACUGUCUGUUAUAAAAGCCUGUGUAACUCCUCACUAUUUGAAGACUAGCGUCACAUUCUGAUUUGGUCAAAAGAAACUUAUGCUGUUUGAAAAUGGAUAUAUUUCCUAAUUAUUUGCUUCAUAGUAUGCAUGUAAAUGCAUAUCUUUCAACAAUAAAAUUUGAAAAACAA